CAGCUAUAAGGGCCCCACCCCAGGCAGGGCGUCCAGGCUGUGGAGGAGUCAUGGCCAAGUCACACCUGCUGCCGUGGCUGCUCCUGCUGGCCGCACUCUGUGGUCCAGGCACUGCAGCUGUCGGGACCACCCCAUCCCUGGCCUGCGCCCAGGGCCCCGAGUUCUGGUGCCAAAGCCUGGAGCAAGCAUUGCAGUGCAGAGCCCUAGGGCACUGCCUGAAGGAAGUCUGGGGACAUGUGGAAGCUGAUGACCUGUGCCAGGAAUGUGAGGACAUCACCUACGUUCUCACCAAGAUGGCCAAGGAGGUCAUUUCCCAGGGCACGAUACGGGAAUUGCUGGAGCACGAGUGCGACAUCUUCCCGCUGAAGCUGCUGGGGUCCCAGUGCCACCGCAUGCUGGACACCUACUUCCCACUGGUCAUCCACCACUUCCAGAACCAGAUGAGCCCGAAGGCCACCUGCGAGCACUUGGGCCUGUGCAAACGCACGCAUCCAGAGCCACAGCAGGAGCCAGAGCCGUCAGGCCCCCUGCAGGACAAGCUGGUCCUCUCCGUGCUGCCUGGGGCCCUCCAGGCGAGGCCCGGGCUGCAGACACAGGAUCUCUCCGAGCAGCGGUUCCCCCUCCCCAUCCCCCUCCCGGUCUGCUGGCUCUGCAGGACUUUGAUCAAGCGGAUCCAAGCUGUGAUUCCCAAGGGUACGCUGGCCACGACUGUGGCCCAAGUGUGCCACGUGGUACCCCUGGUGGUGGGCGGCAUCUGCCAGUGCCUUGCCGAGCGCUACGUCUCCAUCCUGCUAAACACACUGCUGGACCGCAUGCUGCCCCAGCUGGUCUGCGGCCUCAUCCUCCGGUGCUCCAGCGAGGACGGCGCUGGCCCAGCCCUCACCGCUCUGGGGUCCCUGCCAGGAGAAUGGUUACCGCAAGACACUGAGUGCCAGCUCUGCAUGUCUGUGACCACCCAGGCAGGGAAGAGCAGCGAGCAGGCCAUGCCACAGGCAAUGCGCCAGGCCUGCCUGGGCUCCUGGCUGGAUAGGCAAAAGUGUGAGCAGUUUGUGACGCAGCACGCACCCCAGCUGCAGACCCUAGUGUCCGGGGGCUGGGACGCCCACACCGCCUGCCAGGCCCUGGGGAUGUGCAUGACCCCGUUCAGUCCUCUUCAGUGCGUCCACAGACCCCACUUCUGAUGAGAACUCAACGUCAUGCCAGGCCAAACUCGAGGCUCCCGAGGGCCCCUGGCAGCACCUUCACCAGAAUGACCUCUCUCGAACCCGCUCACCCCUCUGCCCAGAAUCCCUGUGGCGCUCAGUGCCAGGCCCAGCUCCCAGCUCCCUCGCUCUGGCCCAGCCCUCAGGGGAGCUUCUGUGCCUGCCUGAGGCUUCCCCCUUACAGCUCACCCUCUGCACUCUUCAGUCUUGGAUGUGUUUAGACCAAGGCCAGCCUUUCCUGAAACUCAGGGGAAAUCAGACUUUGCUGCCCGAAGAUGACACCCCCUCAGAGGCCAGGAACUCCGCCAUCACCUGUCUCCCCACUCCUGAGACACAUCCUUCUCUCCCUCCUCGUCAUUCCGUCAGAGGCCGCACCUUAGGAUGGAGGGGUGGGUCAGAUGCAACCUCUGUGCCAGGUGCCUCCAGGCAGGGAAGUGCCCCUGAGAACAAACCUGGUCAACUUUACAAUUCUCCCUAGAGCAAGACCCCAACACAAAGGUCAUUUAUUCAUUUCUUCGCUCAUUUUUUAAAAAUGCAGUGAGUGCCUGUGGCCAGGCCACCUUCUAGGGGCAAGGGCCAGAGCUGUGAAUAAAAGAGCGAGCCCGCUGCCCUCCUGGAGCUCACACCCCGGGGCCAGCCUCUUCCAUCUGCAGGUCAGGGGGAAGCCCGGCCUGCUCCCCAAAUCCUCAGCCUGGUCUGUCCUAUCUCUAACGACAGCCUGAAACCAGAGCCACUUCCGUCCACUCUGGGUGUGAGGCACAGCCAAGGCUGCAUCUUCUGCAGAGGGGGUUUCCGGGCCGGGGCCACCUUCACACACUACCUGAGCCAUCCCUGCUCUCACGGGGUAGAGAUCUCCCCAGGGCUGGGCCGAGGGGAUCUCGUUGUGGGCCCCCAGUGCUUCUCCAAGUCCUGGCUGCAAGAGGACAGCAGGGGAAAAGCUGGGCCCUGCCUCACUCCGAUCUCCACGUGCACAAGAUCCUAGCUUUUAUAAUUAUUCUGCUAAAACACUUUCACAAAAUUCAAGAUUCAGAAGAAUAAAAAAUGGGAACAUAAAGUACCAGAAAAGAUAGACAUGUGAAAUCCUUAAACUUUUUUUAAACAUCAGGAAACCCCUGGCGUGGUCAAAGGUGAGCACGGCAGUGCUCAAGCCUGGCGGAAGGUGAUUGGGCACUUUCAAAAUUUGAACGUUUUCCUGCUUAAGAGCUGUUGUUGCUUUUUGUAAGGUUGAACUCCCAACUUUUGUUUGAAAUGCCAGGAUGACUCGAUUCCUGCUGUGAUGUAUCUCCUCAAAGCUCACUUGGGGCUGGUCACGCUGGGGAUCAGUUCCCAGGUAAUGCAGCAACCAUAAGGAUACUAACAAAGUGCCAUCUCCUUGUCCUAAAAGAAAAGACACUGCCCUUUAAGAUGCUGCAGAAGCUGCAGCCUUACCCUGAAGGUAGCCGGGCGGGGCGGGGGGGGGGGGGGGCGGGGGGGGCCUGCCCCACCCUCCUUCAUGAUGGAGAAAUAUACGCCUACGUCACCUCUCCCUUCUGUAACUGCUUCCAGGCUGGCCCCCACCUGUUACCCUCCCCUCUCCCAAAAAGCCCACCCACUGUGAUGAAGUGAGGUCGUCAGGGUACCCCAAACUCAAAAUAUACCAAAAAAAAA